AUGCCUGACAACCCAGUUCUGCACCUACGCCAUAAGGACCCGCCCAUUGGAUGCCAUGCACUCAUCACUCCUAAGUCCGCCAAGGAAUUGGUUGAAAAUGGCUUUACCAUAAAUGUGGAGAGUAGUCUUGUCCGCUGCUUCGCAGAUAGCGAGUACAAAGCCGUCGGCGCCACUAUUACACAAUUUCCACUUCAACAUCUUCACGUCUAUGCAGGCCAUAUUUACAAAGAACAAACAGGCUCGUAUGAGAAACUUCUACGAUACGCCCAAGGCGGUGGUAUUCUACUGGACAUCGAUUGGCUCAAGUAUGCUGGCGGCCUGGAUUCCGUGACGUACGAGUACCACUCCGGCCUUCUUGGGACAGCUCUCGCCAUCAAAACCUGGGCCCAUCAACUACUGUACAAGGAUGUCUCCACGACCCCCCCCAUGCCCGUGGGCAGCAACCUGGAGAUGGUCGUGCAAGAAGCGCAAGAAUACCUCCGCAGGGGCGUCGAAUUCGCCGGCCGUCUCCCUCGCAUUGCUGUCAUCGAUGCCUACGGUCGCUGCGGAUCCAGUGCUGUGCAUGCCUGCCAUCAGUGGGGCAUUCCUGAUUCCCAAAUCGUCCGGUGGACUCGGGCCGAUACAGCUAGACCAGGACCCUACAAGGACAUCCUGGAGAGUGACAUUCUUCUCAAUUGCAUCUUCUGUAGCGGGUCAAUCCCGCCACUCGUGGACUUCGAAGCACUGAGGCUGCCCCGGAAGCUAUCCGUAAUUUGUGAUAUUAGUUGCAAUAGCCACUCCCCCUACAACCCCAUCCCCAUAUAUUCUACGGACUGUACGUUCGAAAAACCCGUGCUCUCCAUCCCUGUCCAGUCCGGACCGCCGUUGAGUGUGAUUGCUAUCCCAUAUUUGCCCAGUGCCGUGCUGAAAGAAGCUUGCGAGAAUGCGGCCACAGUGGCUCUGCCGUUGAUCAAGCAGCUAGGAUCGUGGGAUGAUUCCUCAGUGUGGAAACAACUUGAAGAACUAUUUUAUGAGAAGCUGCAGACAAUUUCGGAAACGAAAGUAGCUUCACGAGCGAUGCUGUAA